AAUGAUUUGAGAUGAUAAGCAUCUAAACAAUACAUGGGUGGGCCUCAUUACCUCACUAAUUGCCCAAAUGAGACAAGAAGAGUACCUCUACCCAUUCCCUACGCAUUAACUCGACCAAGGACUUCCAAGAGAGAGAAAAGAAGCUCUAAUUUCACCCUCCAUUGCAGCAAAACGAGCUCAAGCAAGGUUGGUCCAAGGAAGAGGAUUGAAGAAGGAAAAAGUUAGGAAAAGUGAGAAGGAUUAAGGAACUUGUCUAAGGUAUUCCUAGAUCUUUCAUGGAGUUGAAAGCGUCGCCGGAAUAAUCACCGGAGCUAGACAAAGUUCGCCGGAGUUUCACCGGAGUUCAACCGGGAGGGUAUAACUUCUUAAAGGCUUCACUAAGAUGAUGAUGAGCCAAUGCGCGAAGAGGCUUGGCCGAUCGGCCCCGCGCUAUUUCUCCACGGCGAUUUUCCGUCCGGCGACUACGGCCGCCAGGGGUGCCGGGGCCGGUGGCGCAUUCUUCACUGGGAACCCGGGUGUGACUUCUGAGGAAGCGCUGGUGACGUGGAUGAGGUUCCCUGCCAUGGGAUCCAGAAGGAUGGGCACGGUGGCGCUUGGCGACAAGCAGCAAGGCGAUAAGAAAAGCGAGCAGAGCACCGCCGCCGCCAGUACCAGCCCUAGUGGUGGGGAAAUUGUUAGUUAUUGGGGAGUUCCGCCGUCUAAAAUUUCCAAAGAGGAUGGCACAGAAUGGAAGUGGAGCUGUUUCAGGCCAUGGGAGACAUACAAGGCCGAUUUGAACAUAGAUCUGAAGAAGCAUCAUGUCCCCAUCACAUUCUUAGACAAAUUCGCAUACUGGACAGUCAAGUCUCUCAGAUUUCCCACCGAUAUCUUCUUCCAGAGGAGGUAUGGAUGUCGUGCAAUGAUGUUGGAGACGGUGGCUGCCGUGCCCGGCAUGGUCGGAGGGCUUCUGCUUCACUGCAAGUCCCUCCGGCGAUUCGAGCGCAGCGGGGGCUGGAUCAAAGCACUGCUGGAAGAAGCGGAGAACGAGAGGAUGCAUCUGAUGACAUUCAUGGAGGUUUCUCAGCCGCGGUGGUACGAGCGUGCUCUCGUGUUCGCCGUCCAGGGCGUCUUCUUCAACGUCUACUUCCUGACCUACGUCAUGUCCCCCAAGCUGGCUCACCGCAUCGUCGGGUACUUGGAGGAAGAGGCCAUUCAUUCAUAUACAGAGUUUCUCAAGGAGCUUGACAAGGGUAAUAUCGAGAACGUGCCUGCUCCGGCCAUCGCCGUCGAUUACUGGCGCCUCCCGCCGAAUUCAACUCUCCGGGAUGUUGUCAUGGUUGUCCGGGCUGACGAGGCCCAUCACCGCGAUGUCAACCACUUUGCUUCUGAUAUUCAUUACCAGGGACAACAACUUAAGGAUUCUCCAGCUCCUCUUGGAUACCAUUAAAACGUAACUGAACUCAUGUCUGGUCAUCUAUGGCACCACUAAUUGAGGAAUCAGAAACAUUUUCCCUCAACUUUUUGCGUGGAAUUUUUUGUUUGCUUUCGGGGUUACUUUAUAUGGAUCAUACACUUCGAAAUGUAUACAGUUAAGGCAUGAAUGCAUGUGUUGUGACUGUGUGAGUGUUUAUAUGUUCUAUCCAAUAAAUUGUUAUCCA